AUGUUGACAAGAUAUGGCGUGGCGCUACAUGCUUUCUUGUUAAAUUUGCCACCAAACAAUUCUCAUCAACAGAUAACCAUCAUACAAAUGGAUGACCCUCCAUAUGUUGUGCAGGCAGCUUCUCUUACUUUUUCAGGUCACUUGAUGGUGUUCAUAGCCACCAGUCUGAUGCUUCGUGAACGUCCACUGGUGAUAUAUCGUUAUGUCUCUGUCGUAAAUUAUGAGUGGUUCACUUUUCUCAAUCCGGUCACAAUGGUUCAAGGUGGUUUAUGGUUUAAGAUAUUCAGAAGGUAUUGAAUGGUGGUUAACGAUGGUUGAAAUGGUAAAUGGUGGUUCCGGUGGUCUUUGUUUCAAUUUUUCCUUCUCCCUUUCUAUCUCCAACAUGUUUUGGUUACUGCCGGUUAGUUGUUGCCGGUGGUAGUUUGUUGAUUGAAGUUGGUUCCGAUG